AUGAAGUUUUCAAUACUUAUAGGAAUUAUAGCUUACUUUUCACUAGCCUUAGCUGAACAAGAAACUUUGGUUCUUGUAGAUAAUCUUAAUAUAAAGGAAACACAUUCACAAUUCUUCAAAUCUUUGCAAGAUAGAGGAUACACCCUUACAUUCAGACUAGCUGAUGAUGCUAACCUAGUCUUAUCAAAGUAUGGCGAAUAUUUGUAUAAGAAUCUUAUCGUGUUCGCACCCUCCGUACUGGAGUUCGGUGGUCAAAUCGACACUGAAGCUAUUACCAAGUUUAUUGACGAUGGCGGUAAUUUGCUGAUGGCCGGCAAUGCGGCCGCUGGUGAUGUGUACAGGGAAAUCGCUUCAGAAUGCGGAUUUGAGAUGGAUGAAGAAUCAGCAGCUGUCAUUGACCAUUUCAACUAUGAUGCCUCUGAUGAUGGUGAACACACCAGGAUUGUGGUAUCUCCCAAGAACCUGAUCUCUGCUCCCACCAUUGUUGGUGAACAGAACACACAGCCUCUUCUGUUUGAAGGCACUGGACUUAUUUUGGAUAAGGACAAUAAUCUCGUGCUGCCUAUUCUCAUUGCUGAUUCAACUGCUUACAGCUACAAUCCUAAAAGCCAAGUGAAGGAGUACCCACAUGCGGUUGGCCGCAAGACAGUGCUAAUAGCAGCCCUGCAAGCAAGAAACAAUGCUCGUAUUGUCUUCAGUGGGUCUCUAUUCUUCUUCUCUGAUGAAGCCUUCAACUCUGGUGUUGCUAAAGUUCAUGGUGACAAAGUGACAUCAAACCAGUCAGGCAAUAAGGCCCUAUCACAGCAUCUGUCUGCAUGGGCAUUUGGUGAGCGUGGCAGACUGCGCGUACGUAACGUAGACCAUCACAAGGAGGGAGAGAAGGAGUCCUCCAAUACUUACACUAUCACUGACUCUGUAGUCUACAGAAUUGAAAUUGAAGAACUCAAGAAUGGUAAAUGGCAGCCAUUUGAAGCCACUGAUGUACAGCUAGAGUUUGUACGCAUUGAUCCGUUCAUCCGCCAGACUCUGCAGAAGAAACCCAAUGGUGUAUAUGAAGCAGUGUUUAAGGUCCCUGAUGUGUGGGGAGUCUACCAGUUCAAGGUUGACUAUGACAGAGUUGGAUACACAAGGCUAUAUCAUUCUACUCAGGUAUCUGUCCGUCCUCUGCAACACACACAGUAUGAGCGGUUCAUUCCAAGUGCUUACCCAUACUACGUCAGCUCCUUCUCCAUGAUGAUUGGAGUGUUCCUCUUCUCAUUCGUAUUCCUCUAUUACAAGGAAGAUGUACCUAAGACUAAGAGUGAAUAA